AUGUCCGACACCGCCGUCGCAUCCCUCGCUGUUGAAGCUACCCCAGCUGCUGUUCCAGCCAAGUCCCCAAAAGCCAAAAAAGCCCCAAAGACCCCAAAGGCUGACAAGCCAACUAAGGUCGCUAAGGCCAGAGCUCCAUCUACCCAUCCACCAUACAUCAACAUGGUCGUCGCUGCUAUUACUGAAAUCAAGGAGCGCAAAGGAGCUUCCAAAAUUGCUAUCUUGAAGUACAUCUCCCAAAACUUCAAUCUCGGAGACAACAUCAUUAAGAUCAAUACUCGUCUCUGUGACAGUCUCAAGAAGGGAGUCGCCAGCAAGGCCCUCGUUCAAACCGUUGGAACUGGAGCCACUGGACGUUUCCGUGUUGGAGAGAAGACCGCUGCCAAGAAGACUGUCGUCAAGAAGACUGUCGCUAAGAAAACAGCUACCGGAGAGAAGAAGGUCGCUAAGAAGCCAGCUACCGGAGAGAAGAAGGUCGCUAAGAAGCCAACCACCAAGAAGGCCGCCACUGGUGAGAAGAAGGCUGCUACCGGAGUGAAGAAGGCUGCUACUGGAGAGAAGAAGGUUGCCAAGAAAGCCGCUGCUGUCAAGAAGCCCACUGCCGCCAAGAAGACUGCUGUCAAGAAGGCUGCUACUGGAGAGAAGAAGGCCGUUAAGAAGUCCGUCGCCAAGAAGACUGGAGACAAAGUCAAGAAGGUGAAGUCACCAAAGAAGAUCUCCAAGCCAGUGGCCAAGAAAGCAGUUAAGAAGGUUGCCGUAGCCCCAGCUACUGUUGCCGUCUAA